UCGGCUCUCGUAGCGUUCGCGGGGAAACCCUAACUGCCCAAUGCAUCCACCAUCGUCACCGGAUGGCGGCUGAGCCCUUUCCGUCAGCUGUCGAUGGCUGCCUCGGCGGUGCUGGGCGCUGCAGUGCAGGAGAUUGAUCUCUUCGCGACAUGGGCGCUUGUCAGCGCGUAAAAGAACGUCGCCCGGGCUCCACGUACUGCAACUCCGCGACCACUCCCCGCAGUCACGGGCGUGCAUGUCGCUGGCCUUGGAUGUCUACGCCUCCGCCGCUCGCUUAUCGCCUUCUCGAGGCAAGGCGUACGACAACAUCGCCCGCGCAGCAGCAAAGAGUGCGGCGAAGGCAGUGAACGCAUAUACCGCUAGCGAUACCUCGAGUGACGCGCCUGCCCUCCCUCGCGCACCCGAUACUGCCUUCCUCGUUUCAGCCGUGCGCGGCGGCUCCCGCGUAUCACCCGCCGGGCGCGCCCCUCUCGUCACAGCCACCUCAAAGCUCAUCCCGCAUCUCUCCAUACAACCAUGCUCGUCAUUGCCACUCGCUGCCUCACUCCGGCGCUCCUCUUCUCCUCGCCGUAUGAGCAGACAGGUCGCCUCUCCGUCCGCGUCGGUAAUGACCGCGCCGCCGGAGUUUAUGAACUUCAACGCCUGCAUUCGCUCAAGUCAACGGCCACAAGAACACACUCGAAAUUACCGCCGAGCUGGACUACGUGAGCCUCGAACACAACAGGCAACAGUUGCACAAGCAGUAGGAGGAGGCGCGCGGGCAGGAUGUGUGGUUCCCCGCGCAUGAGAUCUUCCCUUUGGAUGAAAGUGAGGAGAAGACGGGUCGGUGUCGAUCAAGAGCGCAAAGUCGGGCGAGUACCUCGGUGCGUUGGAGGGGUAGACCGCCGGGAAAUGUGCAGCGCGCGGGGGACCAGAUCUUCAGAAUUGGCGUCGUCUGGCUGCGCGUGUUGCGGCUGGAGCCUUGCAACAGUGGUCUACUCUUCGAAGGCUCAGAAGCGGCCCUCCGCCGCUGUAGUCACGCGUCAGCAAGUGCCGCGCAGGCCAUCACAAGAUAGAGCGCGCCCGCGACGGGGAUAAGCUGGUCGCGGUUAUG